AAGAAUAUUGCUAAUUCUGAAUUGGCUCCAAAGCAUCCGAUUCGUCUUGGUUUAGCGUUGAACUUCUCUGUGUUUUACUAUGAGAUUCUCAAUUCUCCUGAUCGUGCUUGUAAUCUCGCUAAGCAGGCGUUUGAUGAAGCUAUUGCUGAAUUGGAUACUCUUGGUGAAGAGUCAUACAAGGACAGUACUUUGAUUAUGCAGCUUCUUCGUGAUAACCUCACUCUCUGGACCGCUGAUAUGCAGGUAUUAUACUUUGGCUGUAUAAGUCAUGUUUUGUUGCUUGAUUACUGAAAUGAUGAGCUGAUUAAGUUAUUGUGAAAGACUAGAUUUGGAAAUGAAAUGGUUUAGUUUACAAUUUGAUGCAUUCUUCUGGUCUGAUUCUGAUUUUAUUGUGAUUGUCAAAUGUUUAAUCAUGUUUUGUUGCUUGAUUUGUGAAACCCUGAGCCUUUUUAAGCCAUUGAGGAAGACUUCAUUUGGAAAUCAAACGGUUUAGUUUACAUUUUGAUGAAUUCUUUUUGUCUGAUUCAGAGGUUUGUGAAUUGUGAUUGUCAACUGUGUUAAAUCCUGUUUUGUUGCUUGAUCUCUGAAACAUUUAACCUAAUUAAGCCAUUCAGAAAGACUAGAUUUGGAAAUCAAACGGUUAAGUUCACAUUUUGAUGCAUUCUUUUGGUCUGAUUUUGAUAUUAGUGAUUGUCAAAUGUGUUUAAACUUGCACAGGCCUGUUUUGUUGCUUGAUUUGUGAAACCAUGAGCCUUUUUAAGCCAUUGAGGAAGACUACUUUUUGAAAUCUAACGGUUUAGUUAUACAUUUUGAUCCAUUAUUCUGGUCUGAUUUUAGUGAUUGUCAAAUGUAUUUAAUCCUGUUUUGUUACUUGAUUUCUGAAGCCAUGAGCAGGAUAAACCAUUGAGGAAGACUAUAUUUGAAAUUAUUUAGUUUACAUUUUGAUGCGUUUCUCAUUUCUUCUUUCUUCUGGUCUGAUUAUGAUUCUGAUGUUAUUGUCAAAUGUUUUUAAUCAGGACGAUCCUACUGAUGACAUCAAAGAAGCAGCACCAGCAGCACCAAAACCUGCUGACGAGCAACAAUCCUAAGUCUUGCGGCGAAUAUGUUGUUUCAGUAUCUAAAACCUCUCCAUUAAUAUGUUUUUCUCUUGUAGGAGUUUCUGUGUUGGUUUCUGAUUUCCUCUUAUCCCGAAGCUCUCCGAGGCAGUCUAAUUCUUGUCCUUGUUCGCUUUUCU